AGGACGCACGGUGUGAUGGGAAGUUCUCCAGGUACUAGCUGUGCGAGGAGCCGGAAAGGGGCUGCCCUUCUGGGGCGGGCGUUACUGAUUGGUCUCCUCUGCAGAGCUGGCUCAUCGGGAUUGACGCGUUCCCUAGGUGGCGGGGGCGGGGCGUCGUUCUUCCAACCCAAUGGGCUUCAAGACUCUUCUCCCCCGCCCUUCGGGAGCUUCUGCUCGCGCCGCCAGAACACUUCCACCCGGACUUCCGGGAGGCCAAAUUGCUUCCGGCACCUGCUUUCGGCGAUUGGACAGCUGCGGCCAGAGCACUUCCGGGGCGGCAUUCCGGAGAACUGUGGCGGCAGGAGGAAGAUGGCGGCCGGCCCCGUGUCUGCCGCUCGCCGGUCCUGCCGCGCCUCCGCCUCCGUGCGGGCUCCGAGCCUGCUCCUCCUGCUCCUGCUGCCGCUGCUGGGCUUCGACACCGCCAGCGCCAGCGCCGGAGCCCGCCGGACCCUCGUGCUGCUGGAGAACGUCAAUCUGCGCGAGACACACUCGCUCUUCUUCCGGAGCCUGGCGGACCGUGGCUUUGACCUCACCUAUAGGACCGCUGAUGACCCCAGCCUGUCUCUUAUUAAGUAUGGGGAGUUCCUGUAUGACAAUCUUAUCAUCUUCUCUCCUUCUGUGGAAGAUUUUGGAGGCAAUAUUAAUGUAGAGACCAUCAGUUCUUUUAUUGAUGGAGGUGGCAGUGUCUUGGUGGCUGCCAGCUCAGACAUUGGUGACCCACUGAGGGAGCUGGGCAGUGAAUGUGGGAUUGAAUUUGAUGAGGAGAAAACAGCUGUCAUUGACCAUCACAGCUACGACAUCUCUGACCCUGGAGAGCACACACUCAUUGUGGCAGACACUGAAAACCUCCUCAAGGCCCCGACCAUUGUAGGAAGAACAUCCCUCAAUCCCAUCCUGUUUCGGGGUGUUGGGAUGGUUGCUGAUCCCGAUAACCCUCUGGUACUGGAUAUUCUGACAGGCUCCUCUACUUCAUAUUCCUUUUUCCCAGAUAAGCCCAUCACACAGUAUCCCCAUGCGGUGGGGAAGAACACCCUCCUGAUUGCAGGCCUGCAGGCCCGGAAUAAUGCCCGAGUCAUCUUCAGCGGCUCCUUGGACUUCUUCAGUGAUGCCUUCUUUAACUCGGCCGUGCAGAAGGCCAGCCCUGGCUCACAGAGGUAUUCCCAAACAGGCAACUAUGAGUUGGCAGUUGCCUUGUCCCGGUGGGUGUUCAAGGAGGAGGGUGUGCUUCGGGUAGGAGCUGUGUCUCAUCAUCGAGUCGGAGAGAAGGCCCCACCCAAUGCUUACACUGUCACCGACCUCGUGGAAUAUAGCAUCGUGAUUGAGAAGCUCUCCGAAGGCAAGUGGGUCCCCUUUGAUGGAGAUGACAUUCAGCUAGAGUUUGUCCGGAUUGAUCCUUUUGUGAGGACUUUCUUGAAGAAGAAGGGUGGCAAGUACAGCGUCCAGUUCAAGUUGCCAGAUGUCUAUGGGGUCUUCCAGUUCAAAGUGGAUUACAAUCGUUUGGGCUACACUCACUUGUACUCCUCUACUCAGGUGUCUGUGCGGCCUCUCCAGCACACACAGUACGAGAGAUUCAUCCCCUCGGCCUUCCCUUACUACGCAAGUGCUUUCUCUAUGAUGGCUGGACUCUUCCUCUUCAGUGCUGUCUUUUUGCACAUGAAAGAGAAAGAAAAAUCUGAUUGAAGGGGCAGAGCCCUUGGACCUUCACGGGCUGUUGACUUGGCAGGUGUGGGUGGCCUGGACCAGCCUGACCUCUGUGAGAGACAAUUGAGUUACGGGGUGGGGCAUCAUUUCUCUUCUAGCUUCUCUGCCCUGGGGUCUUCAGUGGCUGCAGCCACCCAUUCCCACUUGUGAAAUAAAAAUGGAUGUUCCCCUAACUGGUUCCUGAUCGAUGUAAAACACAAGCCACACGGAGUCACAUUCUACCUGUACUCAAGACAUCUUUUGUCCAGUUGGCUCUGUGUGUCAGAUCACUAAAAACCAUAUUAGGGCAAUGAUUCCUUAAGCCAU